AAGGUAGCCAAAGCAAUUGAGUAAGAAGGUGGCCAUCCCACAAGCCCCCUCUGUCUGUCUGAAGUAUCAUCAUCAAUGAUCAUUCUGAAAGAAAAUUAUAAAAAUAGAAAAGGUGAAAGGAAAGAAGAAAAGUAUAUCCUGGCUACCAUGAACCAGACUCAUGGUUCUUGAGAGAGAAAGAGAGAGACUGGACGCCAAUAUUGAACAGAAAAGCUAUGAAGGAAAGAAGCAUGUUGCGGUAAAGGAAGGGAAAGGGAGGUUGAAGAGAGAGAAAAGGAAGAGUGUAGAGAAAGAAGGGAGACUCGUUCUCUCUCGUUCCUCUCGUCUUGCUUGGCUGGUGGAUGCAGCUUUUCUGAAAGAUUUUGGAGGGCUAGAAAGAGAUUUUUAAGGGUGCAACAGUAAUGUUAGGAACAUGGGAAAGAGAGGAAGUUGGUUUUCAGCCAUCAAGAGGGUUUUUAUACACAGCUCCAAAGAAAAGCCUGUUGAUGGAUCAGUGAAGAAAAGUGCUAAAGAAAAGAAGGGGCGAGGAGUAUCAAGGCAUGGAGAAACCAAACCAUUUAUUCCCCUCUUCAGAGAGCCGAGCAGUAUUGAGAAAAUAUUGGGAGAAGCAGAGCAACAGAAGAUACUUAUUAGGCCCUCGACACCUUCCGAACAACCAAAUCCACCACCAUUAUUGCCUCCAAGGCCAUCCUCUCCAAGGGUUGCCUCUCUGAGGGUUGGUUCCCCUAGGGCUGCUUCGCAAAGGGUUGCUUCCCCUAGGGCUGCUUCACAAAGGGUUGAUUCCCCUAGUGCUGCUUCACCUAGGGUAGAUCAUCAAAGUAAAGAAAUCAGCUAUGCCUACAGACCAGAACCAACUCUAAGAAAUCAUCAUCUUUCAGCCACCAAGAUCCAGGCUGCUUAUAGGGGUUACAUGGUAAGGUUCCGACUAUCUAUACCAUUGGAUGACUUCUUGAAAAAUCAUUUCAUGGCAAGGAGGAGUUUUAGAGCUUUGAGGGGUCUAGUGAGGCUUCAAGGAGUGCUCAGAGGCCAGAAUGUGAAGCGACAAACAAUAAAUGCCGUGAAACAACUGCAGCUGUUAGUAAGAGUUCAAACUCAAAUACAGUCACGAAGGAUCCAAAUGUUAGAGAAUCAGGCUCUCCAUCACCAAGCUUACAAGAAUAAUAAGGAAGUGGAAAGUACCCUGAGCAAAUGGACAUUGGGCCAAAUAGCAAGGAGGAGUUUUAGAGCUUUGAGGGGUCUAGUGAGGCUUCAAGGAGUGCUCAGAGGCCAGAAUGUGAAGCGACAAACAAUAAAUGCCGUGAAACAACUGCAGCUGUUAGUAAGAGUUCAAACUCAAAUACAGUCACGAAGGAUCCAAAUGUUAGAGAAUCAGGCUCUCCAUCACCAAGCUUACAAGAAUAAUAAGGAAGUGGAAAGUACCCUGAGCAAAUGGACAUUGGGCCAAAUAUCUGAGGCAGGUUACAAUGAAGAAUGGGAUGAUAGCUUGCUAACAAAAGAGGAAAUAGAGGCAAGGCUGCAGAGAAAAGUAGAGGCAGUCCUCAAGAGGGAAAGAGCCAUGGCCUAUGCAUAUUCCCACCAGUUGUGGAAAGCCAAUCCUACAUCAGUUCAAAUACCUGUAAUGGACCUCCGAUAUGGUGGACUUCCCUGGUGGUGGAACUGGUUAGAGCGUCAACUAGCUCCAGCAAAUCCUUCUGAAAGCCAAACCGCCACGAAGAACAUUCAACUAACACCUCCAAGGCCAACUUCCAAUCACAAACAGAGCCCACGACCUCCAACCAGCAACUGCAAGCAGCAUAGUUUCGGAUUUGACAAUCAUGACACACUCACACCAAGAUCAUCAAGGUCCACACUGCUUUUGAGGACAAGAGAAGUCCACACUUCAAGUAGAACACCACAAUCAAGCAGCUCAAAUCCAAUGAAAUAUGCAAAAACAAGAGCCAUUGCAGCUGACUCAGCUUUUAAUCUACCAUUGAAGGAUGAUGACAUUGACAGCCUCACAAGCUGCCCGCCUUUUUCAGUUCCAAACUACAUGGCACAGACGGUUUCGGCUAAAGCCAAGGCGAGAGAAACUGGCAGUCCUAAGGAGAGGUUUCCUGGAACUCCAAACAAUGCUUCAAAGAUGAGGUUUUCAUUCCCUCUGACUCCAAAAAUGGGGUCUUUUAGGUGGAAAAAGGGAUCUACCAAGGAUUCUACUUCUCUGAGGAUGUUUGAAAAACACGAGUCUCUGCGUUCAAUUGGGGAUUUUAGUGUGGAUUCAGCCAUUUCUAUGCCUGCUGCAGUCGGGAGGAAGCCAUUUAAUCGAUUUGUGUGAUAUAUUUUCUUUUUAUAUCUUCCAUUUGUUAACCUUUCGUUUCCACUGUGGGGGCUUUGUGGUUUUGCUCUUAUUUUUAUUUUUUACACCGAGAGUAUGGUGAUAUAUUGGUUGCAAAAGACUGAUGUAUAAUAAUAAGCAAACAGUAGCUUGUGCUGGUUUGAAUGUAAAAGGUUUUGGUUUUUGAAAGAUCUAUUGGAUUCUUGAAGCGUC